AUAAAAAUAGCAAGCAAUAGCGACAUUGCAAAACAUAAGAAUCGUUUUUCAGUCGAGAAAAGCAAAAACCGAAAUUGAAAAAUACCAAACGCUGGUCCAGAGUGUAAAAUGCCCAAAAACUUUGUUGUAGGAGGAGGGCACAACGUUCAAUAGCGAAGAAUCGUUUCAACGAGACGCGAGUUGUAAUUAGCGAAGUAGAAUAUUAAUCAGCUCCAAGUGCAAUACAACCGGAACUUGGAAGAGUGACAAGUGGCCAAGAUGUUUCCUGCCAACGGGGACUCCUCGAAUCAGAACCAGCUGAAACGGAAAAUGUCCAUUCCCAACAUUACCAUCAUACCGCGCAAGGGAUCCGAGGAGAUGCGUUUCCUGCCCAUCGCCGCCAUGCCCACAAAGUCCUCCAGCAUAACGAUGGGCCACGUUCAGUCGAUCAAAAACAACAACAACAACAAUAAUAAGAAUAUCCACUCGGCAUUGAAAUCCAAACUGACGAUGACGCCCAUGAACAUGAACAUUGUUCAAUCGUCUGGAGUGAAAACCACCAGCAUCAAGCCAGGAGGAGUGUCUGCUGGUGGUCCCUUGAUACAGCUGGUGCCCAUGUCGGCUGUGUCUGCCACAGGUGGCGCCACAAAUCAUCAUCCUAGUUCGUCUCUCAUGGCCAUUCUGACGCCAUCCGUCAAGACCGCGAUGAAAGGUGCUGCUCCCCCGCAUGCCCAUCCCCAUCCGCAUCCCCAGGCCCAGGCAGUGGUGAUACGUCCCACUCCAGCUUCGAUGACAUCUGUGAGCAAAGUGCCGAAUCCGAGCAAAGCCUCUUUCACCAUCAACAGCAGCUCUGGCUCGACCACGGUUACAGCCUCAGCCAUUUCCAGUGGCUACAGAACAGCCAACACAGAAUACCCCAACACGACGACCGCCAAGACGGCGGGCCCACCUGCACCUGUACCUGCUUCUGUAUCGGUAUCGGCAUCUGGAUCUGCAUCGGCCUCUGCAACUGCAGCUGUAGCUCUACCUGUACCUGCCCCUGUGACAGCUCCGUCGCAGCAGCAAAUCUCACUGAUCGGCGGCGGUGGGCAGUCAUCGAAACAACGUUCCCCGUUCAUGCUCAGCAAGGUGGCGGUCGAUAAGCUGCGUUUUAAAUUCAAUCAGGCCGGGGCCAAUCCCAAUGCCAUCAUUGUCAGCAAGGCGAUUCAGCAGGGCAGUAGUGCCCAAGCGAUAUGCAAAAAUAAUCUGAAUCCGAAUCCCACUCCCAGUCCCAUUCCUAGUCCUAGUCCUAGUCCCGUGAGCGACAUGCCCAGGGUCACACCGCAGGCAGCAACAGUUGAGAAGCAGAUCAGAAGCAACGGAAACUGCAAUAGCAGCAACAAUUCGUUCAUAUACCCCAAAACGGCACUGCCACUACCCCCUGCCAAGGACACACCCACUCCCGGGCACUCUAUUCCAACAACAGCCACUGGGAGCAACAACAACAAAGAGAGAGACAUCAAGAAAAAGGCCCUGCCUAUAGUGAUCGGGUCCACACCGAAGGACAUGCCCAAGGCUCCUCCACCCAGCCGCAAGAUGAGCCCAAGUCCAAAUCCCAGAGAGAUUACCAUCCAGGCCGUCGGAAAUGGACCCCUUAAUACAGAGUCCAAGCCACCAACCCCCCAGCCACCAGCUCCGGCCAAAAAUCCGCCCAAGGUGAAGCGCUCCAAGUCGUUCGUGUCCCUCAAAGAGGUGGCCAUGAUGCCAACCGUAGAUCGCCGCCGCGCCUCGGUGGUCGUCGGGCUUACAAAGGAACACCAAGCACCCGCGAAGCAGCCCCAAGCACGAGCAACAGAGCCCCAAGUAGCCGCAAAGGAGCCUCAAGCACCCGCAAAGGAGCCUCAAGCACCCGCAAAGGAACCCCAAGUACCCGCAAAGGAGCCUCAAGCACCCGCAAAGGAGCACCAAGUACCCGCAAAGGAGCCCCAAGUACACGCGAAGGAGCCCCAAGCACCCUCAAAGCAGCCGCAACUACACGCUAAGGAGCCUCAAGCACCCGCAAAGGAGGCCCAAGUAGCCGCAAAGAAGCUGCAAGCACCCGCAAAGGAGGCCCAAGUAGCCGCAAAAGAGCCCGUCGUUCCCGCAAAAGAUACCGUUGAGCCCGACAAGGAGGACGACGCCGUGGUGAUACUGGCCGAUCCGCCCAUCGAGACAAUCACUAUCGACACAGACGAUAGCGACGAUGACGGGGAGAAGGAGCAGGCAAUAAAGGCACCUCUGAUACUCUCCACGGAUGCACUGACAGUCACAGCCAUUCCGGCAUCCCCCAGACGCACAUCCACAUCGACCAGCAGCAGCACCAGCAGCACGUGCAGCAGCAACCAUUCAGCGUCAAAAAGGAAGAGCUCCACCACUGGUGUCGCUUUGGGCAUCCUGGAGAACUCGCGCAAGAAAUCCCGAAAGAACUCUUCGACCAGUGCCAGCGGCAUAACGUUAUCUUCCUCGAGAAAGAGCUCCCACGGCAGCAUCAGCAUCUCGAGCAGCAGCUCUUCGGCCAACAGCGAUGUAGAGGAGGUUUCGGUGCCCGCCAAGAAGCGGAAGGAAGAUUCGGAGACGCGCACCAACAUGAACACGCACGCGCACACGAUAAGCAUUGUCAAGGCAGAGUCUGUGUCCAACGAGGACUUUGAACGGUCGCUGCGGUGCGAGGAGACCCUUGCCAAAUCGCCAGACGGCUCUGUCCCCUCUUCCUCCUCCGGCAGCAAUGGAUCCCAGGGGCCUCCUCCUCUGCCUCGCCCCACGCAGAAUGGCGAGCACCCGCCCACGCACAAGACUCCUCUCGAGCUGGUUCUAAAUCCUCCGUAUGGGUCCAGGUCCGCCUUGAUGAAGAAGGCAAUGCUCAACCACAUGCAUAUGCUGCGUUGGCGCGGCCAACAGCCGGGCAGCCUGCACAACUCUUCGCUGCGCUUCGACAUCAACCGCUACAGCCUGCUGCAGCUGAACGAGAGAUGCGAGCCGCGCAAGGGUCCCGCCAGCUACUUUGAGCGCGCCAUCUUCGACCGUCCCGACCGGAGGCCCACCGACAGCCUCCAUCCGUUGCUUUAUCUGUGCCAGCGAUGCAAUUGCCAUGGCCCUGCCGCUGAUUUUCUGGCGCCACAUUACUGCUCCGUGGGAUGUGUGCGACGAUCUCAAAAGCGACGCUUUCCCGGCACAAACAUAGCCCAUAGCAAGGCCAAAAAAGCGCCAACGCAGCAGCAGCGGGCCAUUCGGCUGGAGCAUCAGAUGGAGCGGGCGCGGGAGAAGGUGGCCAAGAGGCCCUUCCGCUGGACCGAGUACAUGGAGACGCACGGCCCCGAAUUGACGGCGCCCAUCCACCUGUUCCUCAAUCCGUUUCCCCGCAACGCGAACUGCUUCGAACGUGGCAUGAAGCUGGAGGCCAUCGAUCCGGAGAACUGUUCGCUGUUCUGCGUGUGCACCGUCGCGGAGGUACGAGGCUAUCGCCUGAAGCUCAGCUUCGACGGCUACUCCAGCAUGUACGACUUCUGGGUGAACGCCGACUCGCUGGACAUCUUUCCGCCCGGCUGGUGCGAGAGCACAAACCGAAUACUGCAGGCCCCGAGGGGCUACUGCUCGCAGCGUUGGAACUGGAGCCGCUAUCUGGUGAAGACCAACGCAAAGGCGGCUCCCCGAGUGCUGUUCACGCACUUGAACCAUACGCCGUAUAAGCGCGAGAAUCGAUUUCGACGUGGUAUGCAUCUGGAGGCGGAGGACCUCAACGACACGGGCAAGAUCUGUGUGGCCACGGUAGCGGACAUACUAGACGAGCGCAUACGAGUCCAUUUCAAUGGCUGGGACGAUUGCUACGACUUCUGGGUGCACAUCAGCUCCCCGUACAUUCAUCCCUGCGGCUGGCAUGCCGGCCGCCAGCAGCUGAUUGUGCCCCCGAGCUACCACAACACGGUCUUCAGCUGGGAGGACUUCAUGCGCCGCAAAGGCGGUAUAGCGGCUCCCGAGGACCUAUUCUCGCCGCGUCAGCCGAUGGACUUUCAGGCGCGCAUGAAGCUCGAAGUUGUGGAUCAGCGCAAUCCCUGCCUGAUCCGUCCGGCCACAGUGGUUGUCCGGAAGGGGUUCCGUGUGCAGCUGCAUCUGGACUGCUGGCCCAGCGAGUACUACUUCUGGCUGGAGGACGACAGCACCGACUUGCACCCCAUUGGCUGGUGCGAGGCCACUCAGCACGAGCUGGAGGCCCCGCCCGGAUUCCUCCAGGCCCCGCCCCAGAUGCCUUGCGAUGUGAAUGGUUGCCGCGGCUUUGGCAAUGCCAAACGCUUCAAUCUCAACGUCCAUGCGUUGCCUGAGUGCUGUCCCUAUGCCCCGGAGAACUGGCGCCAGUGGCGCUCCAAAACGGUGAAGCCGGCGCGCGUGGCUCCACAUGAGAUCACACGUGCGCCGCUCCGCGAGCCAAUGAAGUUCUCGGUUGCGACGCCCCUGCCAGCGUAUAGAGAUGGGUUCAUGCGGGAGCAGCCAGUGCUGGUAAUCGAUGAGCAGGAGGAGGAGGAGGACGACGAUCAGAUAGUCAUCGAUGAAGUUCAGAUGGUCAUCAAUGAAGAGCGCAUCGAGGAGGUGCGGCCUCAGGUGGUCGUACAGUUGGAGCCCAAAAUUGAACCCAAACAAGGGACCCAGCCGAAACGCAGGGACACUAUACCCAGAUCCAAGACCGAGAUCAAAGGGGAGCACAAGGUGAUCAAAGAGGAGCCACGGCCCAAGCAGAGGGAAAGGAUACUCAAACGACAGGAUGAAACGACAGCCAAAAUAAAGGAAACGAUGCCCAAACAGAAGGAAACGACAGCCAAACAUAGGGAGACGAUACCCAAAGCCAAGGAGGUAAAGUACACCCUUAAAGAAACGAAGCCCACUCCGAAGGAGACAAAGAUCCUUUCCAAGGAUCCAAAACCCACUCGCAAGGAGACAAAACCCCCUCCCAAAGACACAAAGCCCAAUCCCAAGGAGAAGAAAGCGAAACCCACUCCCAAAGAGACGGAAGCGAAAUCCACAACCAAUGGAAGGGAGUCGAAAGGAAGUACAAACCAUAAAGUGCAAGUGGAGGAGCCGGUGGAUCCUCGUUGCAUCACCAUUGCCAUGCCCAUUGUCAAGGACUAUGGGCCCCAGUUCGUGCGCAACUAUCGUCUCUGGCAGAAGAACAGCGCCUUCGCGUUGAGCAAGAUCCAGAGCAAUCCGCUGUACUGGACCAACUGGGAUGUGUACGAGUACGUGGAGCGUGCGCUCAACUCCCCCAGCAUUGCGCAGACAAUCUUCGACCAGGACAUCGAUGGCCGGGCGUUGCUCAUGCUGGGGCGCGAAGAUAUGAGCGAUCAUCUGCUGCUGAAGAAGGGCCCCGCCGUGAAACUCUACUCGCACAUUGUCAAUCUACGCAUUGCAGUGGUCUGCAAGUUCAAUAUGAACUGCACGGGCAUGGACAUUGGCAACUUCGAAGCUGUCGAUGCAAAGAAUGAACGGGUCGAACCCAAGCAGAAGCCGAUCGAGAAACAGCCGCAGAAGGAGAAGCAGCCACAGCAGAAGAAUCCUCAGCAGAAUAUAAGCAGCAGCAGCAGCAGCAGCAGUAGCAGCUUUGACCUGGAAGAACAGUCGUCGGACAAUGAUUUUGAUGAGGAUGACAAUGACGAUGAGGAUGAGGAUGACGAUGACUGCGGCGAGGAAGAGGAAGAGGAAGUGGUAGAGGACAUCGAGGUUGUAAGAGACAGUUUAAACAAACUGAAGGAAGAGCAUCAUCAUGUCACUGCUGAUGAGGAGGACGAUGAGUUGGACAACGAGGAUUUUCAGAGCAUCAAUCCCAGCAGCUUGACCCACGAUGACAAUGACGAUGAUUCGGAUUUGGUGAUGCUGCCGCCGCUAAAGGCGCGCCAUUGCAUGAGUACGGCAUCCUAGGCGUCCCGCCGCUCCCAUUCGCUUCGUUGAUUAA